AUGAGGUACUCCAGUGCCGUCGCAGCGAGCUUUGCUCUGUUGCCAAAUCUAGUAGUCUCGCAAGGAUACACCAAUGAGUCCGAAGUACCGCUAUACGGACUUAGCCCACCAGUAUAUCCCAGCCCUGUCGGUAAUGGAACAACCUCGUCGGGUUGGGCGUCAGCAUAUGCUCGUGCGAAAGACCUCGUGGCUCAAUUAACACUGGAAGAGAAGUCGAAUCUCACACAUGGCGUCUCUGGGCCCUGUGUAGGCCAAACGGGCGCUGUUCCCCGUCUCCAGAUUCCAGAGUUAUGCUUUGCAGAUGCUCCUGCAGGUGUGCGAGGACAGGAGUUUGUGUCAUCAUUUCCUGCUGGCAUUCAUCUUGGAGCAACCUUCGACAGGGACCUGAUGCUCAGGUACGGUCAUGCUCUUGGUAGAGAAUAUAGAGGCAAAGGGAUUCAUGUUGCUCUUGGACCAUUCAUAGGCCCUAUUGGAAGAGUCGUGCGCGGUGGCAGGAAUUGGGAAGGUCUUGGUGCUGACCCGUACCUUGCCGGUAUUGGCGGUGCGCUUAUCACCAGAGGUACACAAAAGGAGGGCGUGAUUGCUACACCAAAACAUUGGCUUGCGCAAGAGCAAGAGUAUAGGCGGCGCCCCGGUGACGAGGGCGAGGCAGUCUCCUCAAAUGUAGACGACCGUACACUACACGAGCUCUAUGCGUGGCCGUUCAUGGACGCCCUACGCGAAGGAGCAGGCUCGCUGAUGUGUUCAUACCAGCGUGUGAACAACUCAUACGGAUGUCAGAACAGCAAGCUUCUCAAUGGCAUUCUGAAGGAAGAGUUAGGAUUUGAGGGCUUUGUCGUAUCUGAUUGGGACGCACAACAUGCUGGUGUUGCUUCAGCGAAUGCAGGCCUUGACGUAGUGAUGCCAGUCGCUAAAUUCUGGGGCGGAAAUCUUACUGACGCUGUCAACAAUGGAUCCGUAACAACGGAGAGACUGGAUGACAUGAAUACACGACUUCUUGCAGCGUGGUUCUAUCUCAACCAGAACGAAGGGUUCCCAGAAAACGCUGUAUACCCAUACAACGUAGAACACGAGAUUGUGGAUGUACGCAAAGACCAUGGGUCACUCAUCAGAGAAAUUGGAGCUGCCGGAACCGUGCUGGUCAAGAACUUCAACAACACCCUACCGCUUCGCAAUCCUCGUUUUCUGAACAUCUAUGGCUAUGACGCUGAAGUGAAAGCUCAGCCUUGGAACAACCCUUCCCGCUUCGGUGGCGGCUACGAAGAGAAUUUCGGUUGGAAUACACUCAACGGCACUUUGAUCACAGCAGGUGGUUCGGGCUCCAGCACUCCGCCAUACGUGAUCAGUCCCUUCAAGGCUAUCCAAGACCGUAUCAUUGCAGAUCGCGGAACACUACGAUGGGACUUCUUCGGUGUAAACCCAACUGUAUACGCCAACGCCGAUGCAUGUCUCGUCUUCAUCAACGCCUACGCAUCAGAAAGCUUCGAUCGCACUUCACUCACAGACGAGUUUAGUGACCAGCUCGUCAACAACGUUGCUACCAACUGUUCAAACACGAUCGUUGUGAUUCACAACGCUGGUAUCCGCACCGUAGACGCCUGGAUCGACCAUCCAAACAUCACCGCCGUUCUCUUCGCCGGCGUCCCUGGCCAGGAGAGUGGCAACGCCAUCGCCGAUGUUUUGUAUGGCGAUGUGAACCCUUCUGGUCGCCUGCCAUAUACUGUCGCUCGGAAAGAGUCUGAUUACGGCCAUUUGCUGAACGGAACUGUCGAUCUCUCCAUCCCGGCUUUCUUGCAAUCGAACUUUACCGAGGGUCUGUAUGUCGAUUACCGCGCUUUCGAUGCGCAGAACAUCACACCACAGUAUGAGUUCGGUUACGGCCUUUCGUACACGACAUUUGAUUAUUCAAACAUGACAGUUGAACGCGUGGCGAACGCGAGUCUUUCUGCUUUCCCGUCAUCGUCUGUGCCGAUUGUACAAGGAGGUCAUCCAUGGCUAUGGCAAGUGUUGUACCGCGCCACAGUCACUAUUACCAACACUGGCAAGGUCGCUGGUCAUGAGGUGGCGCAGCUGUACUUGGGAGUACCCAAUGCGCCGCAAAGGCAGCUGAGAGGUUUCGAACGCGUAGGUUUAUUGCAGCCUGGCGAAAGUCGAGAGGUUGAAUUUGCAUUGGACAGGCGCGAUCUGAGUGUCUGGAAUGUUACCGCGCAGUCAUGGGAGCUUCAGCGAGGCAGGUCCAGUAAACUCAACCUGAAGGAGCUUGGGAAGAUCGCGGAAGGUUACAUCGAGUACGCCAACGAAUCCGGUUAUGUGGAAGACUGGGUAGAAACUCGCUUCAACGAUGACGAUGUCUUCCAACGUCUAAGUCAUGCAUGCAUAGGUUAUAUCGAGUAUGAGCAUCAGAAGACGUCGGCUGACGGCGAGUUCUUCAAGAUGAUGCGAGCUGGGUUGAAGUCAAUAGCACAUACCUACAACCCUCCCUCCGCCAAAGGAGAAUUCUUCGACAUGGUUAGAGCUGGUAUGAGGACUAUGAAGUACGCCUACAAUCCUACGCCAAUGGAUCUGCUUUCCUACCCGCCCUUGCCAGACGCACUGCAAAGAGUAUAUCGCCAUGUGGGAUACACACCAUUCGAAGACAUAAUCUUUCUGGAUAUGGUAGCUUCAUUCGAGAAUGCUUACUUCUGGUGUGCUUGGGGUCAUGUCUGGACCGAACGCUGGGGUGACGAAUGUUUCUGCGACCGUAGGCAGAACCAAUACUGGUGGACACCCAACAUACUCGACUACCGCGAUGUCCCGACAGCCGUCACAUAUAUGUACGAAACUACCAAUGGCCUCGGUUGCGUUGAAGAUGUUGUCUUUCGAGAUCUGGUUGAGACGAUUGAACAGUACAUGGAGUAUGCCAACGACUUCGAUAACUGGAAUGACCCAAAGAUUGCCGCUUUCCGCGAAUUCUCGGUAGUGGUGGACUGCGUCUCGUAUGUUUGCCCAGACCACCAGUGGUUCCAGCGAUUUCUCAGCCUGCCUGGGGAGCUCCGGGAGAAUAUCACGCACGUGUACCUCUUGCUCGAGAGUGAUGCUGGUCGCCUGAGUAAGCACCAGCACUACGAUCAGUUCAGUAACCCAUGCUGCACAUGGAAGUAUCCCUGGGAGCUUAUUGCUUGCGACAAUCAAGAGGCGAAAGCAUUCCCAGAGGCUAGUACAGGUCGAUGUCCCAUGGGUUGGUUGCCAAACCUUGCAUUUGUAAGCCAUCAAAUGCACGAGGAAGUCCUCGUUAUGAUGCUGCGACGGACCGAGCAGUUCAAUCUGAAGUAUAUGUUUCGCAACACGGAUUUCAAAAUUGCGACUUGGUUUAGCAAGUUCCUCAAGGCGAUUCCGGGUAACGGAGGUGAAGAGGCGGUGAGACAUCUCAACUUUCCACACAUGCACUGGUUCAAUCAUGGACGCAAUUCGCCAGCUCUGACCAACUCGAGCUUAGACUUGGCCAUCGUUUGCAAAAAGCUGCGCAAACUCGACAUGACCUUCCAUGUCGACAAGGUAAGCAUAUGUGACGAAUCCACAAGUUAUGAGCGCAAAUCGCUUCCCCUUCCUGAGGUGAUUAAUCGCUUCAAACUGGAGACAAUUUUCGGCUGUAAUAGCCUAGAGGAAGUGUAUAUUGACGGCAUAUACGUCCGACCAACACAAGGAGGCGUCAUGACAGAUUUGGACGUGCUAGAGGACCUUGGCAAGUGGAUGAUGAUGGGCUUCCUCGUUCGGCGAAACUUGGAGCACGGUAUCCAAGUCGAAUUGGCGCGCCGAUGGGGUGCUUGGAGAGGACGUGCUGGUGGGGUCCUGGUUACCCUAAAUAACACCGACAUGGCACACGUCAUGACGCGCAUCGGGUUCAGAAACGCGUAUACAAAGACUCUGGCUGUGGCUGGGCCUGCUCCGAUCAUAUAG